ACAAGAUUCUCAGAUCGGCUGUAUGGAUGUGUUUGGAUUCUCAAAGAUGGCUAAACUGUCGGGUCAUAAGAACAAAUCCUCGGGCUGGCCUCCACCCUCAGGCAGCUGGGUCGGACUGCAGGGAUCUGCGUCCUGCGAAUGGGACACAGCCUCUGCACGUGACACCAGGGAUGCCUUCAGCAAUCACCCGUCUAAGAGCAGUUCUUUGGAGGAGGUGCGUGUGGAUGGAGUUCAGGCCCUUCCUCCUGCUCCUCGCCGAAUCGAAAUGAGGAGAGAUCCAGUAUUGGGGUUCGGCUUUGUAGCUGGAAGUGAAAAACCUGUAGUGGUUCGCUCUGUCACACCAGGAGGCCCAUCAGAAGGAAAGCUGAUUCCCGGGGACGAGAUCCUAAUGAUUUAUGAUGAGGAGGUUGCCACAGCACCGAGAGAGCGAGUCAUUGACCUCGUCAGAAGCUGCAAGGAAUCCAUCCUGCUGACUGUAGUUCAACCAUUUCCAUCACCCAAAUCAGCCUUUAUCAGUGCAGCCAAGAAAGCCAAGCUGAAAUCAAACCCAGUUAAAGUGCGAUUUGCUGAGGAGGUCAUCAUCAACGGGCAGCUAACGGACACUGGCAAGGACAGCUCUCUGCUCUUCAUGCCCAAUGUUCUGAAGGUGUACCUGGAGAACGGACAGACCAAGUCGUUUCGCUUCAACAACAGCACGUCCAUUAAGGAUGUCAUCAUGACGCUACAGGAGAAGCUUUCUAUCAAGUGCAUUGAGCAUUUCUCUCUAGUGCUGGAACAGAGGAUGGAGGACAUGAGCAGCAGGCUGUUGCUCCUGCAUGAACAGGAGAUGCUAAUUCAGGUUACGCAGAGACCAGAGUCACACAAGAUGAAAUGCUUUUUCAGAAUCAGCUUCGUUCCUAAGGAUCCAAUCGACCUUCUCAGAAGGGAUGUGGUGGCUUUUGAAUAUCUCUAUGUCCAAAGCUGUAAUGAUGUGGUGCGGGAGCGUUUCGGUCCUGAGCUGAAGUAUGAAGCUGUUUUUCAUCUUGCUGCUCUACAGAUGUACAUCCUCACCCUCACCAACCACCCGACACAGAAAGUCUCACUAAAGUACAUCCAGAAGCAGUGGGGUUUGGCUCAUUUCUUAUCUUCCUCAGUGCUCUCCAGCAUGAAGGAGAAGAACAUCAAGAAAGCUCUGACUCACAUACUGAAAACCAAUCAGAAUUUGGUGCCUCCCGGGAAAAAGCUUACUAUUUUGCAAGCGAAGGUUCACUACCUAAAGUAUCUCAGUGAUCUGCGACUGUACGGAGGAAGAGUAUUUAAAUCUCUUUUACUGCAUAUGGAAAAGCAAACAGAGGUCACAUUACUGGUGGGCCCGAGGUACGGUAUCAGUCAUGUCAUCAAUACCAAGACCAGUCUAGUGGCUCUGCUGGCAGACUUCAGCCAUGUUAACCGCAUCGAGAUCCUUACAGAGGACGAGGUCUACGUGCGGGUAGAACUACACGUGUUAGACGUCAAGCCUAUCACACUAAUAAUGGAGUCCAGUGAUGCCAUGAACUUGGCUUGUCUAACAGCUGGAUACUAUCGGCUUCUGGUGGAUUCUCGUCGCUCCAUCUUCAAUAUGGCUCACAGCAGCAGCACAGGUGAUAUGGACAGUGGCCAGGAUCCUAGAGAGCUUGAGUGGCCGUACAGCACCUCUUUAGGCACCAGUGAAGAGCUAUGCUUUCAAGAAAGCAGGGAUCCUUAUCAGGAUGGAUCUGAUUCCCCAGAGGACCAAGAAGCCGAAAAGACCACAACCUCUGCUUACGUCCCAGAGCCCCGUCUGCCCUUAUAUCCAGUCCAAAGUGCUGAAAGGUCACAAGUGACUAAAAUAACCCCCAAACCACCACCUUAUCCAUCUGCACGGCUCCAACCUCAGGACUCUCCUCGCAGUGCAAAGGUGUCCUUCAUUUUCAGAAACCCUCCUUUGCAACAUUUAAGCCCUCAGAACCUCGGCUACCACCGCCUGAUGGAUGAGAGUCCUGAAUCGCUGGAACGACCUGCUUUCAUGAAUAAUGAUUUGGCUUUUACCACUCAGAUGAGAUCACAUGUCUACAGUAAUAUUGGUGAGGGCGAAAUCUUCGGCAGCGCUGAAGGUAUAGAGGAGCCUCUGCUGAGAGAACUGUGCUAUGCUGAGACCACUGAUGAUGUGGAGGAUGAGGAUGAAGCUAGCUGUGAAGAGGACACGCCCGCUACCCCCGGAGAGGGGGAAUUGGGACUGCCGACAAGUAAAGCAACGCUCCUCACUCUGUCCGGCUCCAGUGACGAUAUCAUAGACUUGACUACACUUCCGCCCCCGGAGGGAGAUGACGACGACGAAGAAAACGAUUCAAUUCUCCUCUCUCUAAACAUGGCCAUCGCUGCACCACCACCUGGGUUCAGAGACAGCUCCGAUGAGGAGGGCACCGAGGGCAAAAUCAGAGCUCAAAGAUCCUGUGAUAAUGAGAGUAUCCCUGUGUCCUUGAUUGAUGCUGUCUCUGCACAUGGGGAGGGCAGCAGUGUCAGGACCCUGGAUCAUGCUGUUGUGAACACACUGCAAGCGCUGGAAACACUCGCUGUAUCUGAGGAGGCCAACCACAGUCAGUCUAACAAUAUUACAGGUAAUGGUAUAGUACGAGCUUUUAGUCCAGAGUCCUCAUCAGAUUCAGGAAACGAGACCAACUCCUCAGAGAUGACCGAAAGCUCAGAGCAGGCUGCAGCCCAAAGACUCUCAGAUGCCAUGCGUCUCCUGGUGGCCACCACCGAGGGCUUCCAGCCCCUUCAGAUGGAGAAGACAGAAUUUCCUGUCUCACCUUGCAAUAGGGGGUCCAUUCCAAAGCCACCGCGCAGUCCGGCAAGAAACAGACAGGCAGAGGUUCAGUCUACAGCGGUGCCUUUAAAGCAUAACUUAUCUUUAUCUAAUACUCUAGAUAUGGGGCAAGGAACAUCGGAAAAUAGGUCCUUGGGCAAAUAUAUGGUUAAAGCACAUUCAAGCACUCUUCUGAAUACUGGUAAGCGAUCCAAAGCAACAACCAGUGGGAAUAAACUAAACAGGAAAGUAAUAGAACCCCCUGGGAAAUACAACACCUUUAGUGGGAGAGAAAUGAACAGAAGGAGUCAGAUAAGUGUGGACAGAAAACUCUGCGAGAGGUUCCAAGUGCGACCGCCCCUGCAAGAAAAUGAGCCCACUGUGACUCAGGUUGCAGAAUCACAUGGUUCAAGAGAGAACCAAACCAGCAGUAGCAAUACUCUCAAGGUUAGUCAGGGGGAGCAACAGCCUCCUGCAGGCACUCUCUCCCCUGCAAGGAAGCUUCAGAAUACCGAACAGCCUGAAUCUUACAAGGACGAUCAACAGAGCCAUCCACCACUGAGACCGGGAAUGGCACGACUUUGUGAAUACCACCUAGCCAAGCGGAUCUCCUCUCUGCAAACCGAAGGACAAGGUUCACUACAGGGUUCUCAGUCUUCCUCUCUGGAUGCAGGCUGCAGCUCUGGAAGCAGUGCCUGCGCGACCCCAACGGACUCCCCGAUCUGUGGCCCGGACUGCAAGAACCCAUUCUCUGGAUCCUCGUCCUCCCUCCUGCUCACGUCAAGGGAGCUGCAUCCUCACGCCGACCCUGGUCUCCUGAGAAAGAUGCUGCCAAAUGUACAUCCUGCUGGAUCGGACCCAUCCCUCAGUGCCCGGCCAUCAAAAAUCAAGGAAACUACAGGUACAGCUCGAAGGAGCAACCUUCUCAGUGAUCUGCAUGCAAAACUGGGCAGUGUAAAAAGUCUUAACACAAAGGAGGAAAGUGAGGCUUAUUAUAGGCGGUUAAUAAACUAUUUAACAGUCAGCCAGAUGCAUCAGGGGGGCAAGCUGUACAGGGCGGGAUUAGGGGGAGGCAAAAGGGACAGCAGAAGGCAUGUACCCAAUACCUCUCUAUUUUUAGACCUGGUUAAAGGUAAAGGAAACAUGGUUGCCAAAUGUCCCUGCAUGCCACCCUCACCCUCACACCUCCUCAACCCGAAUGUAGUGCACCACGCUACAACUUCUUAUAGAGUAAACAAAAUCCCAGGGCCAAGAAUGUACCACUCAUCCACCUUGCCUACUAAGUUGAAGAGGAGUCCUGACUUGCAUGCUCAGAGACCCAACAGCAACCUUGAAAUGAGGCCCAGUCUUUCUGAAAGGAGAGGGUCAUUUUCUGGCCUCAGGUGCGAGUUAGAGAAAGGUUAUAAUCCUGAUCAGUUCUUGUCCCUGAAUAGGUACCAUGGUGAGAACAUACCCAAUGCCAGCACAGAGGACUGGCUCAAGUCUGACUGCAGGAAGAGACUUUCUAUCCAACAGACGCUUAAUGAUUCUCUUUGUCUCUCUAGUGUAGCUGGCACAGGACACCGUGGAAUGCUGUUGGGAGGAAGAGAAGAGCCAUCUGCCAAUUUUCCAAGGUGUGUUAAAUUGUGUGCCAGCCUGCCGCCACCCCCACCACCUCCUCCGCAAAUACCUGCGCCGCCGCCGCCACCACCUCCUCAACCACCGCAAUUAAGUCUGUCCAGGAGUGCCAAUUACACUGUGCUAACAAAAGAGCCAGUCGUCAUACCAAAAAAUAACCAAAUAACUACGGAAGUGCUGCAUCAGUGUGACUCCAAAAACGACAGUCUAAACCGGGGCAGGGAGCUUAGAAGAAGUUCUAGUACAACCACGGGCUGUGGGAGUAUUGAGGCACUGUUGGAGAAAGCAAGGGCACCAUCGUUGGGCAGACUUCAACAGGACAACAGACUUCAAUUCCAAGCCACUGAUGGGCAACUACAGAGAAGACCUACCAAAAAAAAGCUUUCCAAAAGCCUUUCCCAGGGGUCACUGGCAUCUCAGACAAUGUGCUGGUCUGUCAGCAACAAAGCCUCUGAAAUUCUUGCAGGGCAAAAAGAUGCCAGGCAUGUGAGGGCUGCACAGAAGCUGGAUAUGAAUCCCUGGACGUGCAAUGGUCCAUUUAGCUACUGUUUCUUCAAAAGGAAAGGCCCGACAGAAGAGGAUGAAGGAGAUACGGAAGCCAGACAAAGAAGGCAGCUUGAAGCAGGACCGUUCCAAAACGACCCGAACUCUUUCCUAGAAAUGGCAGCAGAGCAGUUGUAUGGGGAAGUUUUGAACAACAUGAGCUUCGGGGACAGACUGUCCCGUAUAAAUGCACUAAAGGAUCACAAAUAUGUGUUCCCUACGGUUUUCCUUGAUGUUAGAAGACAGGCAAGUGAGCUGAUUGCCGUGGUGCGCUCGAGUGUGGGUAGAAGCGAUAGAGGAAGCCCGCCGAUGGAGGUAGAGGAGCUAGCACAGUACAAGCAGAUGCUGGCGAUCGAAUCCAGUAAACUUGGACAGGCAUGCCAAAUGAUGUCCCAGGCACACAGGAGCCCAGAGGAGAUGUUGCUGGCAGUCACUCGCAGUUUUCAGGUGCUUUGCUGCUUAUCUGAGAUCUGCAUGUGCCUGGUUCGUGGCCUCGGAGCAUCAGCCAGUCAGCAGCAGCGUGAGGUUGUUGCUAAGGUUGAUGAAGUGGUCAUGAAUUAUAUCUGUUUGCUCCGUGCAGCCGAGGCAGCCUCGGGGGGUGCCCCCGGGGACCAGAGUCUUAAAGCACUGGCUAGCCAUUCCAGCACCAUGUCGGCUAUCGUCAACACGCUUACCCGCUCGCUUAAGACGCUGCUCAGCAAGUAGGAAUCCUCAGUUUCUAAGUCAGUCUUUAUUAGCAAAGCCAUAAAUGGACAACGGGGGGAACUGAAAACCCCCAAAGUACUGUAAGAUAUACUACUGUGGCGUGCAUAUUUAUUUUCUAUAGUACUAUGUAUAUAUGUAUACAUUUUAAAUAUAUACAAACUAUAGAACUUUCCA